AGUUAUUUGAAUGGGAAAAAAAGCUCAAUUAAAAGCCAAAAAAUGCCAAGCGAAAUAAUUACUUUACAAUUGGGCCAAUGUGGAAAUCAGAUUGGUUUCGAGUUCUGGAAGAGAUUGUGCCUAGAACACGGCAUUUCUCCCGAAGGGGUGUUGGAGGACUUUGCCACCGAUGGCCAGGAUCGCAAGGAUGUGUUCUUUUACCAAGCAGACGAUAAUCACUACAUUCCCCGGGCCGUGCUCCUUGAUUUAGAGCCGCGAGUGAUCCAGAGCAUUAUGACUUCGCCGUAUGCAAAGCUCUAUAAUCCGGAGAAUGUGUUCCUUUCAAAGCAUGGCGGUGGCGCCGGCAACAACUGGGCCUCCGGCUUCAGCCAGGGUGAACGUUUCCAAGAGGAGGUCUUCGACAUCCUGGAUAGAGAAGCUGAUGGCAGCGACUCCCUGGAGGGGUUCGUACUCUGCCACUCCAUUGCCGGUGGCACUGGAUCUGGUAUGGGAUCGUAUGUGCUAGAACGGCUAGCGGACCGAUUUCCCAAGAAGCUCAUCCAAACGUACAGCGUGUUUCCGAACCACGACGAGAUCAGUGACGUGGUUGUCCAGCCCUAUAACUCCAUCCUUACGCUGAAACGUCUCACCAAGUGUGCCGACAGUGUUGUGGUGCUGGAUAACACCGCUCUGAAUCGUAUCGCCACCGAAAGGCUUCACAUUCAAACGCCCACUUUCACGCAAAUCAACAAUCUGGUGUCCACCAUAAUGAGCGUGAGCACCACCACGUUGAGGUAUCCCUCUUAUAUGAACAACAACCUUAUUGGACUGACGGCACCCUUGAUUCCGACUCCCCAAUUACACUUUCUGAUGACGGGGUACACUCCACUCCUCACAGACCAGGAAACCAAAACGAAUGUCCGAAAAACCACAGUUCUGGACGUAAUGCGGCGCCUGUUGCAGCCAAAGAAUAUGAUGGUGUCGGCGACGGGGGACAAGCACAGUCGUCACUGCUUUGUAUCCAUUUUGAACAUCAUCCAGGGCGAGGUGGAUCCGUCCCAGGUACACAAGUCGUUGCAGCGCAUUCGGGAGCGCAAGCUGGCCAACUUCAUACCCUGGGGCCCAGCCAGCAUCCAGGUGGCAUUGUCGCGGAGCUCGCCGUACGUGCAAUCCUCCCACAAAGUUUCCGGCUUGAUGAUGGCCAAUCACACGGGCAUCAGUGCCCUCUUCAGCCGCGCUCUGGCCCAGUACGAUAAGCUAAGGAAGCGUAACGCUUUUCUGGACAAUUUUCGGCGCGAAUCCAUGUUCAAGGAUGAUCUAACGGAACUAGAUCUUGCUCGGGAAACAGUUGAUUGUCUAGUGCAGGAGUAUGAGGCGGCCACUCAAGUCGAUUAUCGCCAGUGGAGUCCACGUAUCGAUGGUUCCAAGGGUCGGGCUUAGAGUU